AUGCCACCGCACUAUCGAUUGAUGCAUUCGUGGCCUACCGGUGAGCACUUGAUCACGGUCAGUGGUAAUGUCACCUGCCUCAGUUUUCGUGUCCAGCAGAACCAACUGCCGGACCUUCCUUACAGCAGAAGGUAUGUGCCACUAAGAUGGAUGGCUUAUGCCGAGCCCUGUACACAACGAAACUAUGAUAGAUUAGGUAGCAGAUAA